UGUUAUCCCCAAUUCCCUAAGAAAACGAAAGAGAAGUAAUCAUUUCCCAUCAUUUUGGUCAUGCUAUAUUCUUCAUCUAAUAAGUAACUAAUAUUCAUAACGGUCACUGAGAAAAAUGGAACUCUCAAUACUUCCUUCUUACAAACAAGGUCUUGUCUCCUCCUUCAGUCCAAUUUCAAGGAGAAGAACACCCAUUAAUCGAAAUUCAUCACGGGCUACAUGUCAAUGUUCAAUCGAUGAUUCAGUGAAACCAUUUACGCUUCCACUGCAAUCCGAUGGAAGGAGGGCUUUGAUGAGUUGUGUUCUUGCAGCAGUUGCGAGUGUAUACAUUUGUGAAGCGGCCGAGGCUGUAAGCACAAGUAGAAGAGCUCUUAGAGGAUCAAAAAUACCUGAGAGUGAAUUUACUACACUCCCAAACGGUCUCAAGUACUAUGAUCUGAAGGUUGGAGAAGGAGCGAAAGCUGUGAAAGGAUCACGAGUUGCAGUCCAUUACGUAGCCAAGUGGAAGGCAAUAAGUUUUAUGACUAGCAGACAAGGACUUGGAGUCGGUGGGGGAACGCCAUAUGGAUUUGAUGUUGGUAAUUCUGAGAGAGGAAACGUACUUAAAGGGUUAGAUCUUGGUACCGAAGGCAUGCGAGUUGGAGGCCAGAGAGUGGUGAUAGUUCCUCCUGAACUAGCUUAUGGAAGCAAAGGGGUCCAAGAGAUUCCUCCAAAUGCAAUAAUCGAGUUGGACAUUGAAUUACUGUCUAUCAAGCAAAGCCCAUUCGGGUCUGCUGUAAAAAUUAUUGAAGGAUGAUAAGAUAAGGUUCUCGUAUUAGUCUCUACUACUAUCAGGUCCAUCGUUACGUACAUAUUGUAUCAGGACUUGACGCACAGUAAGUACUGUUCUUCUGUAAAUGAUCAACCAAGUGUUUUUCUUUGGUUUGAAACUGGUUGAAGUAGUGUUUCAUAUCAGCGAAAUUCAGUGACUGAAGUAGUAUUGUAUAUCAGUAAUGUUCAGGUAUGCACUGUACGAUCUUGCAAUUUAUUCA